ACAUCACUAAAAUCAAUGAACAAACAAGCAAAGGCUUUGUGGUGUUGGUAGGUAUACCUAAUGUUAUUAAAUAUUCAAAGUCGCUGAUUUUGACCGAUAAUAUUUUUUUAUUACCAAAUAUUGUAACAAUACUGUGUACAAAAGUGAAUUUAUUAGCUACGAAAGAAGUAUAAUCUGAAUCGGAAAAUAACCUAGUAUUUUACCUUGAUGAAAAAUCAUGGAAAACGACGAAGUUGGCAAUGAACUCGUUAGAUUGGAUAAUGGAUUUUUGGUGGACGAAUAUGUUUUAAAUUCUGACGAGGUCUUGGAAGAAGAAAACAAUUCGGAUUCAAACUGUGGUGGAAAGAAUGUUCCACUCAGAGAACAAGAUCGUUUCCUGCCAAUAGCGAAUAUAGCAAAAAUUAUGAAAAGGGCUAUUCCUGAUAAUGGAAAGAUAGCAAAAGAUGCAAGAGAAUGUGUACAAGAGUGCAUAUCAGAAUUCAUUUCUUUUGUUACAAGUGAAGCUAGCGAUAGAUGCCAAGUUGAAAAAAGAAAAACAAUCAACGGAGAGGAUGUUCUUUUUGCCAUGAAUGCUUUAGGAUUUGAUAACUAUGUGGAGCCGUUGAAAUUGUACCUGAAAAAGUUUAGAGAAACUGCCUUAUCACCUGUAACUAUUAACAAACUGAAUAAAUACGUCGUAUAUAGCGCAGAUGAUGGACCACAAUGCAUCACAGCGGAACUUAAUAAUGACAACGAUGAUCACUCCGAGGCUGUGAUCUACACUUACCCUAAGGCGAUAGAAGAUUUCACUAUCACAUGAACAUAAAUAUUAUGUAUAGGUAUACUAUUCAAAAUGAAGACCGACCCUUUAAGUUAAGAGGUGAUUUUUUUCAAUAAUAUAAAAUGGCUUAGGGCAGUUGGAUUUACUUUGACUUAGGUUGUUUAAUCUAGUAUGGGAAUAUUCAAGUUAGGCGAUUUCUAAC